AUGGAGAGCAAAGAUGGCAAGAAGGUUGAUGAUGCUCCAAAGUGCCUCAAAGGUACAGAGCAACUGGUCCCAGGGGAGGAGGCUGGGAUAACUGAGAUAAAUGGGAUAACUGCAGGUUAUGGCCUGCAGAGAUUUCUGCAACCUCUGAUUUACUGGGCAUCUGUGAUAGGACUGUACUUCGAGCAGUUUAUAGAUCAGAAUUCAUUCCGUCCGUUCCCGACUGUGCUGCUAUCUGAAAUUGUUGCUCUGUACCUGGCUGCGGCGUUCUCAAAGCCGGCACCAAUGUUCUUGGAUGAUUCCUUCAGGAAAUGGGCACGUAUCAGGGACUUUGUACCCCCCUUUGGAAUUAAAGGACAAGAUAAUCUGAUCAAAGCCAUCCUGUCAGCAACCAAAGAUUACCGUCUAACUCCAGCUCUUGACAGUCUCAGCUGCCGGCGAUGUAUUAUUGUGGGAAAUGGUGGAGUACUUGCAAAUAAGUCGUUGGGGUUAAAAAUUGAUGACUAUGAUGUUGUUGUCAGGCUGAACUCGGCUCCAGUGAAGGGCUUUGAAAAAGAUGUGGGUGGCAAGACAACUCUCCGGAUCACAUAUCCUGAAGGUGCAAUCCAGAAGAUGGAGCAGUAUGAGAAGGAUUCCCUGUUUGUUCUGGCAGGAUUCAAAUGGCAAGAUUUCAAGUGGCUGAAAUACAUUGUUUACAAGGAGAAAGUGAGUGCCUCUGAUGGCUUUUGGAAGUCAGUGGCAACCCGCGUCCCAAGAGAACCUCAUGAGAUACGUAUCCUGAAUCCCUACUUCAUCCAGGAGGCAGCUUUCAGCUUCAUCGGACUGCCUUUCAACAACGGCCUGAUGGGCAGAGGGAACAUCCCCACCUUGGGAAGCGUAGCAAUAACCAUGGCACUCCACAACUGUGAUGAGGUGGCGGUAGCUGGGUUUGGCUAUGACAUGAGUUCACCCAAUGCACCGCUGCACUACUAUGAGAACAUCAAGAUGUCUGCCAUCAAAGAGUCCUGGACGCACAAUAUCCAGCGGGAGAAGGAGUUCCUGCGGAAGCUGGUGAAAGCCCGAGUCAUCACUGACCUA